AUGCAGCAGGGCGAGUUCCUCAACUACGACAUCCUCAUCGGCGUCAACCAGGGCGAGGGCUUGAAGUUCGUGGAGGACUCGCUGGAGAGCGAGGACGGCAUCUCCGCCUCCUACUUCGACUUCACCGUCUCCAACUUCGUGGACAACCUCUACGGCUACCCCCUCUCCACCUUCUACCACCACGGCCAGACGGACGCGCGGCCCGAGUGGGCGGACGCGGCCCACGGGGACGAGAUCCCCUACGUCUUCGGGGUGCCCAUGGUGGGCGCCACCGACCUCUUCCCCUGCAACUUCUCCAAGAACGACGUGAUGCUCAGCGCCGUCGUCAUGACCUACUGGACCAACUUCGCCAAGACCGGG